UUACUGAAGGUAGGAAAUGCAGGUGAUUAUCAGAGUUUGCCUUUGAUACAGACAUCCUGCUCUGCUGUGGCCCUUUGAACUAACUUUGAUAUGCAAUAAUUAAGAGGGAUUCAACCCCUGGAGGAGAAGCCGCAUGGCCCUGCCUCUUCUCUCCUUCUAUUGAGUCCUUGUUUUGAACUAUUGAUCAAACAGAUUUGAAGGGAUUUGUUGAAGCCUGUGUGGGGCAGGAGAAAGGAACAGAGCAGGGAGGAGGUACAUCUGGUUAUAAAUAGUUUCAGGAGGAACCUGCUGGUCAGACUUUGCUCAGCCAAUUUCACGCACCUUACUCAAAGGUUUGCUUCCCUUUCAGAAAAAGCAGUGACAGACGCCGUGCUGAGCUGCCAGCUUAGUGGAAGCUCUGCUCUGGGUGGAGAGCAGCCUCGCUUCGGUGACGCACAGUGCUGGGACCCCUCCAGGAGCCCGGGGAUUGAAGGAUGGUGGCGGCCAUCCUACUGGGGCUGAGCUGGCUCUGCUCUCCCCUGGGAGCUCUGGUCCUGGACUUCAACAACAUCAGGAGCUCUGCCGACCUGCAUGGGGCCUGGAAGGGCUCACAGUGCCUGUCUGACAUGGACUGCAAUACCAGAAAGUUCUGCCUCCAGCCCCGCGAUGAGAAGCCGUUCUGUGCUACGUGUCGUGGGUUGCGGAGGAGGUGCCAGCGAGAUGCCAUGUGCUGCCCUGGGACACUCUGUGUGAACGAUGUUUGUAAUACGAUGGAAGAUGCAACCCUAAUAUUAGAAAGGCAGCUUGAUGAGCAAGAUGGCACACGUGCAGAAGGAACAACUGGGCACCCAGUCCAGGAAAACCAACCCAAGAGGAGGCCAAGUAUUAAGAAAUCACAAGGCAGGAAGGGACAAGAGGGAGAAAGUUGUCUGAGAACUUUUGACUGUGGCCCUGGACUUUGCUGUGCUCGUCAUUUUUGGACGAAAAUUUGUAAGCCAGUCCUUUUGGAGGGACAGGUCUGCUCCAGGAGAGGGCAUAAAGACACUGCUCAAGCUCCAGAAAUCUUCCAGCGUUGCGACUGUGGCCCUGGACUACUGUGUCGAAGCCAACUGACCAGCAAUCAGCAGCAUGCUCGGUUAAGAGUAUGCCAAAAAAUAGAAAAGCUCUAAAUAUUUCAAAAUAAAGAAGAAUCCACAUUGCAUUUGAGCUCAAUCUUGGACAUUAACUUUAAAAUGCUUCCAUACAGAUCUCUCUUAAAAUCAAAUCUUGUAGCAAGUGAAAUAGCCUGAAACUAGCGAACUAAGACAUGGCGACCUUGUGAUGAAUGAAACUAGCUUUAGCCUUUUGUCCGUUUUUCCAGAAAACUGAUGGGACUCUGUAACAAAAAAAAAUAUUUCUAAUCUAGGGACUAAAUUGAAGCCAGGAGCGGUGGCUCACGCCUGUAAUCCCAGCACUUUGGGAGGCUGCGGCGGGUGGAUCACGAGGUCAAGAGUUUGAGACCAGACUGGCCAACAUAGUAAAACCCUGUCUCUACUAAAAAAUACAAAAAAUUAGCUGGGCAUGGUGGCAGAUGCCUGUAAUCCCAGCUACUCGGGAGGCAGAGGCAGGAGAAUUGCUUGAACCUGGGAGGCGGAGGUUGCAAUGAGCCAAGAUCACGCCAUUGCAGUCCAGCCCGGGUGACAGUACGAGACUCCGUCUCAAAACAACAAAAAAGAAUUAAAAUUGUAUCUAUUUAAAGUGUACUGUGUGAUGUUUUGAAAUACACAUACUAUAACCGAGCCACAUCUCUCUCUCCAAAUAAAUCUUUAAACAAUUUCUGGUGAAGGGCUGCUGCCUGACAGUAUCCUAGGGGGUAAAAAAUGAUAGCAUCUGAAGUUAAAAGUAAAUUAAUUCUUACAUCUUACCAGGGAAAAUUAUCACAGCAAAUACUAUAUUUUUCCUUAAUAACUCUAUUGUUUAUUUCCAUUCAUUUCUUAGAAGGGAAAUGGCAUUUCGCUACAAAAUAAUUUGGUUAAUAAAGAAGUUUCAAAAGAUAUCUUAUGUUUGUAUAGUCCUUUGCAAGUUAUAAAGCAUUUUCACGUUUUCAGUAGCUUUACUUACCAUUUGAUAACUUUGUAUAUUUUAUAUUUACAUAAUUUUAAUAUUUGAAAAGCAGGGCUUUCAAGGAGUGUUUUUACUUACACAUUUUGACUACUUGCACUUAAAAGCCCAGAGGAAAACUCGGGUAAAAAAGUGAAAUUUUUGUUUGUUUGAAGUUUAAAAGGGCUGUAUUUUGUGCAUAGAAGUGGUUGUGCUUAGGGGAGCUCUUUCUAGUGGAUUUCAAGCAAGUGCUACAGAUUUAAGAGAUAAAUCAUACACCUGUUUUUCUGUUCAGGUUAUAAGUAUAUAUUACAAGAUUCAAUGAUACGGUUUGGACGUUUAUCCCCUCCGUAUCUCAUGGCUGAAAUGUGACCUCCAGUAUUGGAGGUGGGGCCUGGUGGGAAGUAACUGGACCAUGGGGGCGGAUUCCUCAUGAAUGGCUCAGCACCAUCCCCCUGGUGAUGAGUGAGUUAUGUUAGUUGACACAAGAUCUGGUUGUUUCAAAGUGUGGCACCUCUCCUCUCUCUCUCACUCCUGCUUUCGCCAUAUGAAGUGCCUGCUCCCACUUCAUCUCCCACCAUGAGUAAAACCUUCCUGAGGCCUCCCAAGAAGCUUAGCAGAUGCCGGUGCCAUGCUUCCUAUACAGUCUGCAGAACCAUGAGCCAAUUAAAUCUUUUUCCUUCAUAAACUACCCAGUCUCCAGUAUUCUUUUAGAGCAAUGCAAGAAUGGACUGACACUAUCAAAUAUGGGCCCAACAAAAAACUAAAUUUAUGAAGGUCCCUAGUUUAUUUUUUUGAGAUGGAGUCUCACUCUGUCACCCAGACUAGAGCACACUUGUGUGAUCUUGGCUCACAGCAACCUCCGCCUCCCGGGUUCAAGCAAUUUUUCCCACCUCAGCCUCCUAAGAAGCUGGGAUUACAGGCAUAUGCCAACACCCUCAGCUAAUUUUUGUAUUUUUGGUAGAGACGGGGUUUCACCAUGUUGGCCAGGCUGGUCUCCAACUGCUGACCUCAGGCGAUCCACCUGCCCAGCCUCCCAAAGUACUGGGAUUACAGGCAUGAACCACCGUGCCCGCCCCCACCUAGUUUCUAGAAAAUAUUGAACAGUCUUCCAGAGGCUAGUCUCUGGGUGUACCUUAAUUAACUAAUUUGUGAUCAGUAAGUAGGGGUAAUGUGGUUUUAUAGCAUAGAGCAGAAUAUGAGAAAAUAAAAACUCCCAUUAAAGAUCUGCUAUCAUCUCCUAUUUCU